CGCCCACCUUGGCACAGGAGCCCAAACUUACAUCUCACAGCAUCGCCUUUCGAGUACUCUUUGUAUCCUGUGAAAUAUUCUGCGCCCUUCUUCAUUCUCAGGACAUCAGUCCAGCCACCAUGGCCAGUAACAGGAAUGCGGAGGUAUUCGAGCUGCCGGGGGAUUCAGUCAUGACCACUACCAUGGCCAGCAACAACCAUCCAGAGGUAUUCGAGUUGCCGGGUGAUCCAGUCACGAUCCCCCCUACCCCAAUCGCUGGCGACAGCAAAAGUGGCAUUAGUAUAACCAGUGACGGCCGCGUUGAUAUUGACUACAACACUACAUUGAUACGACGGUUCUCCAAGCUGUACACUUCUCAUUAUUCACCACGGCCUACGACUCCACCCCCCGAGUAUUCCGAGAUAGCCCCGCAGGCCGCCGACGACAAUAACAUAAGAUUUGGAUCUCCGCCGGCAUACCCAGAAAGCUCCUGGAAGAUCAAAUUGAAUAUUCUAAUCCAGGUGGUAGGCAGUCGAGGGGAUGUGCAACCAUUCGUUGCCCUCGGAAAUGAACUGCAGCGAUAUGGCCAUCGUGUGAGAUUGGCGACUCACGAUGUAUUCGAAGAUUUCGUCCGGGGCUCAGGGCUGGAAUUUUACCCCAUUGGAGGCGAUCCAGAGGAACUAAUGGCAUACAUGGUCAAGAAUCCCGGCCUUAUUCCCAGUAUGCGGAGUUUACAGGCAGGCGAGAUUGGGCGCAAACGAGCCAUGAUCCGCGAGAUGUUGGAUGGGUGCUGGCGAUCGUGCGUUGAGCCCGAUACGGCGACCCAGCUACCGUUUGUAGCUGACGCGAUAAUUGCCAACCCGCCCAGCUUUGCCCACAUCCACUGCGCCCAGGCAUUAAGUAUUCCGGUACACUUGAUGUUUACUAUGCCUUGGACCAGCACGAAGGCUUUUCCUCACCCGCUGGCGAACCUAACUGGCGGUGGCGAUGAAGACCAAGGUUUCAGGAAUUUUGUAUCUUAUGGCGUGGUUAACUGGCUGACUUGGCAAGGGGUGGGCGACGUGAUCAACCAGUGGCGAAAAGAGCUUGGUUUGGACGAGGUAGCCAUGUUUGAAGGGCCUCGUCUUGCGGAAAUCCUAAAGAUACCAUUUACAUACUGUUGGUCCCCAUCUCUCGUUCCCAGGCCUUCAGAUUGGCCUUCCUAUGUUGACGUCUGUGGUUUCUUCUUCCGUGAAUCUCCAAAAUAUGAUCCUUCGGCCGACUUGCUGUCCUUUCUUGCUGCCGGUCCACCCCCAAUUUAUGUUGGCUUUGGUAGUAUCGUACUGGAAGACCCAGAAAGAGCCACCGCUAUUAUUCUCAACGCCGUACGUGCAGCAGGCGUACGGGCGAUUGUUUCCAAAGGGUGGUCUAACUUGGGCGGGAUGCGCGAUGACAAUAUCUAUUACAUUGGGGAUUGUCCUCAUGAAUGGCUGUUUGACCGCGUGGCAGCUGUUGUGCAUCACGGAGGCGCCGGCACGACCGCUUGCGGGUUGCGAAAAUCCAAGCCAACAAUCGUUGUGCCUUUUUUCGGAGAUCAGCCCUUCUGGGGAGAUAUGGUCGCUGCAGCAGGCGCUGGCCCUACUCCUAUUCCACAUAGGGAGCUUACAGUCGAUAGGCUGGCCGAAGGGAUCCGAUAUUGCCUUGGCGAACAAGCGCGCCUGGCAGCCUCCUCUAUCGCUGCCAAAAUGCAGUCAGAGGUAGGUGUAAAGGCCGCUGUCGCCUCAUUUCACCGGAACCUGCCGCUUGAACGUCUGCAGUGUGAUCUAGAUUCGGGUCUAGCUGCAGUGUGGUCUUUCUCCAAGAGCCGUAGGAAAUUCAAGCUGUCCAAGAUUGCCGCGCAGGCCCUAAUUGCAGAUGGAUCAAUUGAUGCAAAAAGCCUUACAAUACAUGCCAUCCGCCCAAUCUUCAUUGAAAAUCGCCGAUGGGAUCCCGUCACGGGCGGAGCGUCCGCCGUGGUUGGGACAGCCACCGACGUCGCCGACUCUGUUCUAGGGGCCUUCUACAAGCCUGUCCUGGAGUAUCGGAAUUAUCGGGAGGAGCGCGAAGAUCCGCUCUCAAGCAGACGGUCGAACCGCUCCGUCGACAAUAUUUCCAAGGAAUUAUCUGUCGAUAGGGUCUCGACAGAUCACGAGAAGGAGCCGAAGGGUCUUGAGGUUGCCAGUAGCAAUGCUUCUACACUGUCUGCAGAUUCGCACUCACAAAAGCGAACAAAUACUGGCAAAGGAAAGCUUCUUGGUAGAAUGGCAGGCGCGUCUGCAAAGAGUCUGGGCAGCGUUGGUCCCACCAUGAUCAAGGGCGCGACUGUUGGCUUUCCCCUUGCUAUAACUGAAGGAUUGCGCAACGUUCCGCGGCUAUACGGUGAAGUGCCUCGAGACCACGGUCCGGUGACUGACAUCAAGAGCGGGUUUGCUGUUGCUGGGAAAGGGUUUGCGUGGGGAAUGGCGGAGGCGGUUAGCGACAUAGUCGUCAAGCCAUACCAGGGUCUUCAAGAGGAGGGUGCGAAAGGUGCGAUCAAAGGAGUUGGCAAAGGGGUGACAAACAUGGCAGCUAAAGCCGGCUCUGCCAUGUUUGGCCUCAUGGCAUACCCUACUGCUGGUAUCGCUCAGAGUUUACGGUCGUCAGGUCAGUCGCAGACGAGAAAGCUAAUCGCGAAGCAGCGCCAUAGUGAGGGCAUAUGGUUACUGGAGAGCGGUCAGUGUCCAGCGACGGACGACAUCGUGGCCACUUUUCGACAGAAAUUGAAGAGUAAGAAAGCCUGA